GGCAUAGCUCUCUCUUGCUCCCUCUUUCUACUGAAGUGUAACACUUCAGGGGUGUUUGCUUCGCUUAAUCCUGCCACUUCUGUACUGUGCACUCUGCACUGUGUUGUAGAGGAAGAAGAAGAGCAGACACACAGCAGCGCCAGACCAACCCCACCUGCAUUCACCAGAAAGCUACUACACAAAGAUUACAAUGGCAAACAGAGGUCCCUCCUAUGGUCUGACCCGUGAGGUUCAGAGUAAGAUUGAUAAGAAAUACGAUCCGGAACUGGAGGAAAGGCUGGUGGAGUGGAUCGUUGCCCAGUGCGGAUCUGGAGUCGGUCGGCCCCAGCCCAACAAGACAGGCUUCCAAAACUGGCUCAAGGAUGGAUGUGUGCUGUGUGAGCUCAUCAACAGCCUGUAUGGAGCCAACAAGCCAAUCAAGACCAUCAAGAGCUCUGGCAUGGCAUUCAAGCAGAUGGAGCAAAUCUCCAUGUUCCUCAGAGCAGCUGAAAGUUACGGAGUCACCAAAACUGACAUCUUUCAGACUGUAGACCUCUUUGAGGGCAAAGAUCUGGCUGCUGUCCAGAGGACCCUGAUGGCUCUGGGAAGUGUGGCUGUCACAAAGGGUGAUGGGAAUUACAAAGGAGACCCCAGCUGGUUCCAUAAAAAAGCCCAGGAGAACAGGAGAGAUUUCUCGGAGGAACAGCUGAAAGAAGGCCAAAGUGUCAUCGGCCUGCAAAUGGGCACAAAUAAAGGAGCAUCUCAAGCUGGCAUGACAGGCUACGGACGCCCCAGGCAGAUCAUCAACAACCCCUGAACCGGAGCAGUUCUUAAACCGCCCUCCUUCUGCCCUCUGGAAGGCCAGUGAGCAAGGAGGAAGAGACUUUGACUCUUACCUUGGAUAUGAGGAAAAAUGUGACCUGACUGUUUUUCAGAUUUUAACGGGACCAAAAUAGGGACCAACGAGAACAAGUGCACAUGUAGAUCUUUAACAGUAGAAAUCAAACAUUUAACAAUGUUUCUUUUGUUUGACUCAUUGUAAAUAAUUUCUUUUGUUACAGAAUCAAAAACAGUUGCUUUGCAUGUUUAAACUCAUUACCUUAAAAUCAUUACUGGAGACCACAAUGUUAGACAUGUUUGAUUUCUUACCUUGCACAGACAGGGAGCUUCAGACCAUUUCAUUACAACAAAGAAAAAUCUGCUUGCAGGGACUUGAAACCUGCGUGAGAGAAGAAAUCCCUAGAAAUCCCCCACUUUCAAUGUUCUGUUUGCUUUAUUCUUUCCUGUAACAUCUGCAUUAUUGCAGUCAAUGCCUCUUCUCAAAACUCUAGCAGCGCGCGCAUUCAAGGACACCAAAGAUGUAAGACUCUGUCAUGAAGUCUUUAAUUUAAUGAUAAUGUUCAUUAUUUAGUGUACACUGUCUUUGUUGACUUUAUUCUUUCUGUCCUUCUGAUGACAUAGCCGUCAAUUCAUGGAUGUCAGGAUGUACUUAAAUACACCUCCGAGGAUUGUUAUGAGUGUUUUCCCCACAACAGCUGCAGUAAGACACAGAUGUUUUACUGUGUCUUACUGCAGCUUUUCUGGGUACUUAGUGUUACAGCUUCACAGAUUACAACCUUAAGCAGGUACCAAGUUUCAGCUGAUUCAAUUUGUACUGGAAUGAAGUAAAAACUUAACGAAAGGUAAGACACGUACAGUUUGCUGUGGUUUACAGUAAUGUUAGUAGGUUAUAACAAACGCAUCCAGUAAUACAGCCAAGUUUAAUUAACUUUAGAAAAUAAACUGCUUGGUUUGAAAAAGGUAUAAACUACACCUGUGUGUGUUUUUACUGUUCUAUUACAUAAUCUAUUGUUAGACGCCGUGAGUCAAUCAAAAUGUUGGACCGCCUCUUUGAAAUAAAGUUUGAUUUAACUUUU